AUGAAAAUAUGCGGUUGUGUCGCUGCAACUGCGGUGGUUCUUAUCUUAUGCUGUCUUCUCAACCGCAAGAAGAAAACGACAUGGCCUCCACCGCUUCCGCCGCAGCCAAGAGAUUUGGAAAACGCUAGAAAUGGCGUUACAAGAGAUGGUGGUCUUGUGGUUUUGACUGCGACUGCUUCCACUACUACAGUUGCUAAACCUGCGGCUGUAACCACCAAAUCUUCAGGUGGUGAUACUAAUCGCAGUUCUGGUGGUGGAGGUGGUGAUGACGGUGGUGGAGAUGGCGGCGGGUGUGGAGGUUGUGGCGGCUGUGGCGGUUGCGGCGGAUGUGGGGGAUAA